AUUUAAGACAUACACAUGCCUCCAUUACUAAUACCUUGCAUUGGUUUCUCAACAGGACUCACCUUCACUGAAAAGUGGACAACAGAAAAUGUGCUCAACACAGAAGUUAAGAUUGAGGAUCAACUUGCUGAGGGACUUGAUCUUACCUUUGAUACUUCAUUUGCCCCACAGACAGGAAAAAAGAGCGGAAAAGUCAAGAGUGCAUACAAGAUGGACUAUCUGAACUUGAACUGUGAUGUUGACUUUGACUUCGCUGGACCAACUGUGCAUGGUGCCGCUGUUCUUGGGUAUGAAGGCUGGCUUGCUGGAUACCAAAUGUCAUUUGACUCCUCCAAGUCAAAAUUGACGCGUAGCAAUUUUGGAUUUGGAUACAAUGGUGGAGAUUUCUCAUUUACCACCAAUGUAAACAACACCUGGGAUGACGAUAAUGAUGGCCAGGAAUUCCAAGGCUCCAUCCACCAGAAGGUCAAUGAUAGCCUAGAGGCUGCAGUGAGCCUUGCCUGGACUGCUGGUACUGGCAGCACCACAUUUGCCCUUGGCGCCAAGUACAAGCUGGAUGAUGAUGCUUCUAUCAGUGUAAGUAGUGCAUAUUCUGUUUGUGUAAAGGGAAGCUCAACACUACUAGUUUGUCUUCAAAUGAGAUGUUUUUGGACUGACGUUGUUUUGGGAAUUUCCAAUGCUCCACCCGUUUGGUUUGUUUGUGCCAGAG